GGCACACCCUGAACUAGUUGGCAUUUAGAGCUCCAAUAAAAAAAAAAUUUUGGUCCUUCUGUGCAUCUGUACUGCCUUCUAGAUAGCAGGAGCUCAAACAAAUGAGAACCACGGUGAGUCGUGUCCUUAAUAAUAUUCAGAGCUCUAUUGAGGCACCAAGCAGAGUAACUGUCUACCAUGGAGGGGAAAGAGCAGCCUGCAAUCUUCUGUGCUGCUUUAAUUGUUCUCUGAAGCCUUGCACUGACUGCCUCAGUGUAGCUCCCCUACCAAACCAAGACAAAGUAUGUCAGUAGGCUCUCAAUGGAUGAGUGGUAGACAGGUACAAAGACAUUGCCAUGGACAGUAACACGAAUAAUGGACCAACAAGAACACGAAGAAACCAGAGAGCUAAUUACAAACAAAUUGACGAGCCCUCGAGGAACACCUUGAAAAGACACGAGUGGCUGGAGAGAACUGAUUGGUCGGCACAAGGUGGGAGGUAAAGGAGAACAGGCGGACACAAAUGAGCACAGAAGACAUGAAAAACUUGGAACACUGUUAAAUUUCUCAAGAUUUUGCAAUACAUCUAUCAUCACAUAAUGGACACAGACGAUUUUAUGUGCUGAAGGGAAUGAAAAACGGUGAAGGAGAUGGCGGUAAUGUACCUCAGUUAUUUGCUAACAUCAAGAGAAGAAGAAGAAGAAAGUCCUCAUCCUGCUGGUGUCGUCGGCGCAUGUCUGUUUCUUGGUGAACACUGUAUCAUCCGUCACGAAUCUGCUAUUCCAUAUAGGUGUGACAAUGGGGAAGUCAUUUUCCCAGUACUUGAAACAGACUGUGUAUUAUGAGGCUCAGGAUGGCCUGAUCUCUCGUCAAGAACAUAGUCCAACAGAAGAUGGGAAGGGUGGAGACGUUUCACAAUUUCCAUAUGUGGAGUUUACAGGACGAGACAGUGUGACUUGUCCUACAUGUCAAGGCACUGGAAGAAUCCCUAGAGGACAGGAAAAUCAACUUGUGGCAUUAAUUCCCUACAGUGACCAAAGGCUUCGCCCAAGGAGGACGAAGUUGUAUGUAACAGCAUCAGUUGUUGUCUGCCUGCUGUUAUCCAGCUUGGCUGUUUUUUUCCUCUUCCCUCGAUCCAUCGAUGUGACCUAUGUCGGGGUGAAGUCAGUUUACGUUGGCUACGAUAAAGAGAAACACAGUGUAUAUCUCAACAUCACAAUGAUACUGUUCAUAUAUCCAUUGGAACUUCAGAACACUCUCAACAUCACCAACAACAACUACUACACAGUUGAGGUGGCCAAUAUCACAGCUCAGGUGGAAUUCGUCAACACUGUGAUUGGGAAAUCUCGCAUCACAAACUCUACUGGCAUUGGACCUCUGGACAUGAAACAGAUUGACUAUAUGGUUCCUACCAUCAUCGCAGAUGAGAUGAGCUACAUGUAUGACUACUGUACUCUGCAAUCCAUCAAGGUUCACAACAUCGUCUUCAUGAUGCAAGUGACGGUCACUACCACUUACUUCAGCCAUGCUGAGCAAGUGUCACAGGAGAUGUACCAAUACGUCGACUGUGGAGGGAACACCACCUCCAACACCGGAAUGACCAAGCCAUUUCGCAUCCCACAUCCAGAGUAGCGAACCACUUGACACAAACACUGCAAUCAUCUGAAGUCUUUCAUGGUUCCCCGUUAUCAUAUUUUCUCCUACCCCUUUGAAGAAUUAUCACAGUUUUUGAAUGAUAGCAACAAAAGAAAUCCUUAGUCACAAAGCUGAAUCAACCCAGGAAAGAUUUUCUUUACCCUUGUCAUGACAAAUUGUAAUGUCGGUUGUGAAAACUACCAUAACAAAAUACUUCCAGAAAUGGGUACUUAUCAAGUUUGUAACAAGAAACAGGUCUAAGCGGGGUGGAACAGUUGGCAGAACGUGUCAGGUGUUCUAUGUGACAGAAGAGUAGCCGCCAGGAUGAAGGGCAAAGUUUAUAAAACAGUAGUGAGGCCAGCCCUUGAUGUACGGAUUAGAGAAGGUGGCUCUGAAGAAACAAAGGAAGCAGAACUUGAGGUAGCAGAAAUGAAGAUGCUAAGGUUCUCGGUUGGUGUGAACAGGUUGGAUAGGAUUAGAAAUGAGCUCAUUAAAGGGACAGCCAAAGUUUGAUUUUUUGACAAUGUGAGAGAGAGCAGACUUUGAUGGUUUGGACAUGUUCAGAGGCAAGGGAGUGAGUAUGUUGGUUGAAGGGUGCUGAGGAUGGAGCUGGCAGGCAAAAGAGCGAGAGUAAGACCAAAGAAAAGGUUGAUGGAUGUUGUGAGGGAGGACAUGAGGACAGUGUGUGUUAGAGAGGAGGAUGCACGAGAUGGGCUUAAAUGGAAAAAGAUGACACACUGUGGCAACCCCUAACGGGAUAAGCCGAGAGAAGAAGAGGUUGGUAACAAGUAAAAUCAUUGACAUGGCAGCAUGCUAGAACAGUAGUUAGCAUAUCUGCUAGACUGUUUUGAGGUUCUGGGUUAAGAUUUUGGCUCAGGCCCUGAUGUGGAAUUUACAUAUUGUCCCAGUGCUUGCCGAGGAAUGUCCUUCAGGUACUCAGUCUUCCUGGCGCAUGCAAAAGCUCGCAUGUUAGAUUAAUGGAAGACUGUCAAUUGUCUACAGUUUGGGUUGUGAGUGUGAAUAGCUGUUUAUUUGUGCCCUAGGAUUGACUGCAAACCAGUUCAGGGCAAAGCCGUAGAAAACCAAGUCUGGACGGUGACAUGGACUGGUGGCAUAUUGUCACCCAGCUUGACAACGGAUCACAAUGCAAUGCAACAUAAUGCAAUUGAUUUCCAAAAUGUACAGUAUGGAAGGUAUAUUUUCCAUAGUAAAAUCAUAAAAUAUAUAGUUUAUGUUCAUAUUUACCGGCAAAUACAGUUUUAGCAAGUUAGAAUUUAAACUGUCAUGUCAUCAAGCAGCAGUUUUGCUUGUUAGCCCUGUGUACACGAGGAGGUUUGGUCUCGUGGCAUUGGUGACAGAAGCAUGACCAUUUUGGUCGACAGCAGAAAGCGGUAUCUCCCAACAUGCUGGCCCCUUGUGAUGUUUGGAAAUUGAGUGAUUUCUUUAUCAUUAUAUGAGUGCAUAUUAUGACGUUCUGGUCAACGUUCUAUGAACAUUUCAAUCGUUCCAUUUUUCAGCGUUCUCAAAUGAGGAUGACACAUCUGGCGUGUGAUUAACGUGUGUCUAACGCAUGACUAACGUGUCUCUAACGCACGAGAAGCGUGUAACAGCGACCAAAUAAGAUUGGUUGACCCCUAAAAACCAUUAGCAUGUACUGUGUCACUGGCGCGCGACGAGCAAUUUGUCAAUGUUAGACGAGGGUGUUGAGCGUAUGACUAAACAGGUGAAUAACGACAGAAUAGCGUUUUGCUCGCGUGUAAUUUAUACAGUGGAACGAGAACGAAAACGUUGGGAAUUUCAUACUCACUUCAGUUGUUCUCGUGAGUUUGAACAGUCAGCAUCAUGCCGCCUAGACGAAAAAAUGUCGGGUGCGGACUUCAGCAACUAGCGCUCCAAGUAAGAAUGCAAAGCAUCGUUUUAUAUACCCAUAUGGAUGGACGUUCGGGAAACGCACGAAUGACGCUCAAUGGAUGCCAAAGGACGUUCGUUUGACUUUAGUUACACGCUGUGUGCACUAGGGGAUUGUUCAAUGGUCGUUCCCAGGUUGCCAAUGAGUCGUUCACUGCAAAGCAAACGAUUAAGUAACAACCGAGUAAAGCUCGAGUUAUGACUGACUAACGAUAGCCAAACGCGUGCAACGCUCGGCGAACCUUAGUAAAACGUUCCACGAAUGUUCUUGAACGUUCUGCAGCGUUUAAAAUUAAACGUUGAUGAACGUUGGUCUAGGUGAGAACUUUUGUGCAUGUUCAAAACUUUUUUUCUGGACCAGCGUUCUCUGCCGAGUCCCAGCGAUCAUUGAUGUUCACCAGCGUUCAAACAACGCUUUUCUGGCGCUAUCCCAGCGACCAUGGGCGACUACCAACGUUUCCUCAAACGCUAUAGAACGCUGACCAGAACGUCAUGGUGUGACGGGGCCAUUAGACAAGUGGAAGCAGAAACAAGUUUGGAAAAAGAACAUAAAUGCAAACAUUGGGGGAGUUAAUUGUAGUUCACUUUUAAAUACUAUACAGAAUAAUCAAUAUCGGGUUUCAUGCCCACAAGCGCCGUCUUUGGGGGGUUUUCAGGAUACGAUGCAUCUGCACACCCUCUCCGGGAUUAGUGGCACUGCCUAGUGUCACAUAACAAACCAAUUUGCCCAAAAUUGCCAGAAUACACUUAGAAAAGAAUAAAAAGUUAGCAAGGCUAGGAUUGGAAACUUUGGCUGACAUAAACAGUGGGGACGUAAGUUUAACCAAUGACAGAGCAGUUUGAGUUCAAAAGUGUCCAGAUGAUGUUUUCUAUAACUUUGGUCCUGGAUGUUUAUACGCAGCCUCUUGUCCCAAGUCAGCUAGGAAAGGCUGAAUCUCACAUGCCAUUGGUACAGAAAUUGGAACAAAAGUUGAACACAGCUGAGUUGCUACUAAAUGUGUAUAUGAUGACUAUAGAGAUUAACAACAAUUUUCAUAGCAACACAACAUUGUUACCCUCCAAUGCAUGUCUUACGAGUACAAGUGUGUUUAACACACGAUAUUAUUGUUUUCCUGAAAAAGAAAUUAUCUGACUUGAACUACAAAUCUGUUUUUUCCCUACUUCAAAAUGCAUUUGUUUUGCAUUAAUUAGAUCGAUACUAAUUUUUUUAAAUGUCAUGUAAUUACAUUUAAGUGACAUCAUGUUAUUUUUAGUUUUGUUUUAUUCAUCAGCCAUAAUUAAUGGUAUAUGGUUUAUUUACUGACAUCGUGGUGGAGUGAUGGUUUGAAUGCCUGCCUCACGAUUGAGAGAUUUUGCAUUUGAUUCUAAACUCCGGCCCACCCUUGUCUGGGAUUUGCAUAUUCUCUUUGGAGUUUACUGUGUUUAGUUGGAUAGGCUAUAGUUCAAUUUAUAUUAGGUCAAGGCAGUGGCAUAGCUAUCCCUGAGGCCCCACAAAACAGUCCCUCCAUCCCCUCCAACUCACACAGAAAUGAUUUGGUAGGAUGUGUUAAUGGCAACGUUUUAUUGUUCCAGCCUCCCUAAAAACAGCCCCUGUAAAAUAAAUUGAGAUUUUGCAAAAAUGCCACAGUCCACAAAAAGUAACAUACUGUGUAUGAGUACAUUGUGUAUACAAUACCCCCUCCCCAUCUUGAUGAUUGGCUUUGGGGCUUACAAAAAUAACAACAUGUAUGGCGGGAAAUAGUCACCCCAACUACCAAAACCUAGUAACUCCACAUGUUUAGGCAAAAUACAAAAUGGGUGGAUGAUUUUACCUGCUGAGCUAUAUGUAAAUGAGAAAACGGGUUGAUAAUGUCAAAAUUUGAACCUGAUAAAGAUAAGAUGUACCUGUCAAUAAUGCACUUUUUAAUACAGUAGUUAUCAAUUGCAUUCUCUGCAUCAUGUUCCCUGAACCUAAGUUGACCAGGAUGUUAUGUUGGUAACAACCUUCUCCUAUCUGAUUAGAGAAUGCGGAUGCCAUUACUAUAUGAAAAUGGCAACGUUCAGUGUUUAUUGGACUCCAGUUUUAUCACUACACUUUGUGAUUUGUGUGCACUAUACAAGUGGAAUCUGAUAUAACGGAUUAAAUGUGGCAGGGGGGUUGUCCGUUAAAGCUGUUUGUCUCUUAUAUUGAAGCACUUUUUUCAGAAUCUAAAUAUGAUACAGCAAGACAUACAAUAGAGUACAAAAUGGCUGCAAAUUAAUAUAAACUUACCUCCUCCAACAAGGAUUUCACCUGGCGUGCCAUUUUCUAGUGCGCAGCCAGCCACCAUCCAGGCACAUAAAUAAUUAAAAUGUAAUUUGCAUGCAUCCAGGUGCAUGUUAAGUGACCAUGUGGCUCACUGCAUCAGUCCCUUACUUAAGAUUUGUGAAACUAGUCUUUUAAAACAAGGUUCCACUGUAUACAGUGUAUAAUACUGUAAUUUGUUAUUUCUUAAAAUACUUCCCACUUGUGUUAAUUGUGGUCUUUUUACAUUCAUUCAUUCAGAUUAUUUUUCACAAGUGAUUGCAGUAGAACAAUGUUACUUGCAUGGAGACAUUUUAGAAUUUAGGGGAUUAAUAUAUAUUAAACAUCAAAAAUUAUUUCCUUGUACAAACACAAUUCCAAUAGAGUGAGAAAGUUAUAAUUAUUUCCCAAUCAUGUUGAAUUUGUAUCCCUGCUAUGAUACAAGUCUAUUUUCUCACGCACUCAUACGUAAAGGGGUGAGCCUCACCCCAUCUUUUCAUGGGAAUGACUAAGCAUUUCAGGGAAGUUCCUAUGAAACGAAAUAAUGGCACCCGCCUGUUCUCAAGUAUCCAGUUCAUCUUUUGGAUAUUCCAAACAGGUGUUUGAUGAGUAUUCCUGAACUUUCUCAGUCUUUUUUGCCACCUGUACCAUCUUUUUGAAAUGUGUUUUGCUGAAAACAAAAUUUACAGUAUCAGUUUGAAUAUGAAAUAUAUUCGUUGUUUGUUCAAUUAAAUGUGGGUUGAACAUGAUUUGCAAAUCAUUGCAUCCUGUUUUUAACACAAUGUUCCAACUUCAAUGGAAUUGCGUUUUUUUUUUUUAUUUCCACCCAUUGAAAAGUCCUCUUAAGCCUUUUUUUCCUGUCAUUUUAUGACCUUUUGCUGAAUGUUGUUCGUAUGUACAAGUAAAAUACUCUAUAACCACUGAUGCAUCACUAGCUCAUCUUAUUUAUAAAAAGAAUUGCAUGUUUUUUCAUAUAUUUCCAUUAUUUUUCUGUACUAAAAAUUUGCAGUCUGUUAAUCCUUGAUUUUCUCUUCAACGCUGUCAUUGCCCAUCAUUUGGUGCAUACAUGAUAGCUGGAAGAGAUGGUCUUAUAGAGCACCUUCUUCAAAAUAAUAUGAACUGUGGGUUGUUCAAUAAAAUACAUUUGGCAAACUUGA